AGGAGGGUGUGAUGAGAGAGGAGAAGCUAUGCAAUACAAAACCCCAAAACACAAGCCAUUCUCUUCACCAUUUCGAAUUCUCGGAUUAGUUCCGCAGUUCCACGUACCAAAGUUUCCUCCUCCUUCUGUUUUCUAAAUAAGACGAUAAAUUUCGUCUCUCUCUCCUCUUCUCUCUUGCAAAAUUCACUUCCUAACGUAAGAGAAGAAGAAGAAGAAGAAGAAGAAGAAGAUAUCACAACCAUUGUUCCUCUUCUUCCACUCUCUCUCUCUUCUCUUCUCUUUUCUUUUCUUUCUUCUUUUUUAUUUUUCAAUUUUUAAUUUCUAUCUCUUUUCCUCUGCGCGCGAUCAAACCCUUGUACUAGUUUCCCUCUCUUCCCCGGAGAUCUGCUCACUAAUCUCCUGCAGAAAAAUGAAGAGAGUGAGAGAUGAUUUUGUCGUUGGCUCUGCAAUUAAACGACCCUCUGGUUCUUCUCGCGGGGACUCCAAUAGGCAAUCCCAAGUACCGGGGGGAGGAGGUGGUGGAGGAGGCGUUGUAGUAGGUGGAGGAGGGGCCAUGGGAGGAGGAGGUGCUUCACAGAAGUUGACAACCAAUGACGCUCUAACGUAUCUCAAAGAAGUAAAGGAAAUGUUUCAAGACCAAAGAGAAAAAUAUGAUAUGUUUCUUGAGGUCAUGAAGGAUUUCAAGGCUCAAAGAACUGACACAGCAGGUGUCAUUGCAAGAGUAAAGGAGUUAUUUAAAGGGCAUAACAACUUAAUUUUGGGCUUUAAUACCUUCUUGCCAAAGGGUUAUGAGAUAACCCUCGAUGAAGAUGAGACUCCACCAAAAAAGACAGUUGAGUUUGAAGAAGCUAUCAGUUUUGUAAACAAGAUAAAGAAACGUUUCCAAAACGAUGAUCAUGUUUAUAAGUCAUUCCUAGAUAUACUUAACAUGUAUCGAAAGGAGCACAAGGACAUAAAUGAGGUUUACAGUGAGGUUGCCGCUCUAUUUGACGAGCAUCCAGAUUUGCUUGAUGAGUUCACCAGAUUUUUACCCGAUGCAUCAGCAGCAGCUUCUGCACAUCAGGCUCAAUAUGGCCGCAAUUCAUUUCCGCGUUUCAAUGAGCGCAGCUCUGCUACACCCUCAUUUCGGCCAAUGCAUAUGGACAAGCAACGUAGGAGGGAUAGGAUCAUUCCUUCCCAUGCUGAUCGUGAUCUCAGUGUUGAUCGUCCUGAGCUUGAUGAUGACAAAGGAAUGGUGAAAGUGCAGAAGGAGCACAGAAAACGUUGUGAAAAGGAGAACAGGGAUAGGAGAAAUCGGGACGAUGAUGAUAGAGAAUUAGAAAAUGAUAACAAUAGGGACUACAAAUUGCAGCGUUUUCCUGAGAAAAGAAAGUCCUCCAGGAAGGUUGAAGGUUUUGGGGUGACUGCUAACUUUGCUCCUUAUGAUGACAAAGACUCCUUAAAGAGCAUGUACAGCCAGGGAUUCAUUUUCUGUGAGAAAGUGAAGGAGAGGUUGUGCAGUCAAGAAGACUACCAAGCAUUUUUGAAAUGCCUUCACAUUUAUAGCAAUGGAAUAAUUAAAAGGAAUGAUCUACAGAAUUUGGUGACUGAUUUAUUGGGAAAGUAUCCAGAUCUUAUGGAAGAGUUUAAUGAUUUUUUGGAGCGCUGUGAGAAUAUAGAUGGUUUCCUUGCUGGUGUUAUGAGUAGAAAAUCUCUGAAUAGUGAUGGUCAAUUAUCCAGAUCGGUGAAGGUAGAGGAGAAAGAUAAAGAGCAAAAGCGUGAAAUGGAGGGAGCUAAAGAAAAGGAAAGAUACAGGGAGAAGUAUUGGGCAAAAUCUAUUCAAGAGCUAGAUCUCUCGAACUGUGAACGUUGUACUCCAAGCUAUCGGCUUCUGCCUGAGGAUUAUCCAAUACCUUCAGCAAGCCAGAGAUCAGAACUUGGUGCCCAGGUUUUGAAUGACCACUGGGUGUCCGUGACUUCAGGAAGUGAAGACUACUCUUUUAAACAUAUGCGCAGAAAUCAGUAUGAAGAAAGUCUGUUCAGAUGUGAAGAUGAUAGGUUUGAGCUGGAUAUGUUGUUAGAGUCGGUGAGCUCAACCGCUAAGCGAGCAGAGGAACUUCUGAACAGCAUUAAUGAAAAUAAGAUCAGUAUGGAAAGUCCAAUCCAUAUCGAAGACCACUUCACUGCUUUAAACUUAAGGUGCAUUGAACGAUUAUAUGGUGACCAUGGUCUUGAUGUGAUGGAUAUACUGCGGAAAAAUCCAACUCUGGCUUUGCCUGUCGUAUUAACUCGCCUAAAGCAGAAACAAGAGGAAUGGACAAGGUGUAGAUCAGAUUUUAACAAGGUUUGGGCUGAUAUAUAUGCGAAAAACCAUUACAAAUCACUUGAUCAUCGGAGCUUCUAUUUCAAGCAACAAGAUUCAAAGAACUUGAGUAGCAAAUCUUUGGUGGCUGAGAUCAAGGAAUUGAAAGAGAAAAAGCAGAUAGAGGAUGAUAUCCUUCUGGCUGUUGCUGCUGGAAACAGGCAAUCUGUAGUUCCACAUGUGGAGUAUGAAUACGUUGAUAUCAGCAUACAUGAAGACUUGUAUAAACUUGUCCAAUAUUCUUGCGAGGAGGUUUUCUCAACGAAAGAACAGCUAAAUAAGGCCAUGAGACUUUAUACUACGAUUUUGGAGCCAAUGCUGGGUGUUCCUUCUCGACCUCAUGGUUCAGAGGAUGAUGAAGAUGCUGAUAAAACUAGGAAUCGUGCUAUGAAUUAUACUGCAUCAAGCAUAGGAGAAAGUGAUGGAAGUCCUGGUGGGGAUAUGAUGAAUCUUAAACAGCCUCAAUCUGUGUGUACUGAAGAAGAAAAUACUUUAGCAGAAGUGGAAAGUUUGGCUAAUGGGGAUACCUUAGCUAAAGAAGAUGGCAGUUGCGAUGCUGAGCGUGUCCGUAAGAACGAUUCCAUAUGUGAUAAUAUUCAACCAGAGAAAGACCAGAAGAAUAUGGAUGUCUCUGAUAAAAGGUAUCUGGUUACCAACAUGGAUAACGGACGGCUACCCAGUCAACCAUCAUAUCGAAUUGGAGCAGAAAAUAAGCAUGGCAGAACCAGCUUGGAAGUGACAUCAGGGUGUGUUGCAACCACGUCAAGACCUGGUGGCUCCAUUAGUGACAAUGACCAUUUACAGAAAGCAAACGCUGAUGUCGUUCCUUCACCAGAGGGCGUUGAUAUUGCAAAACCCGCUUCAUUUGCUAAUGGAGUGGUUCCAGAAAGCACUAAAGUUAACAGUCGUCAUGAAGUGUCCGUUGGGCCCUCCAAAAUUGAAAAAGAAGAAGGGGAGUUAUCACCGGUUGGUGACUUUGGGGAGGAUAACUUUGUUGUCUCUGGAGAUGCUGGGGUGCAAGCUAUGCCUAAGACCAACCAUAAUGUAGAAAGUAGACAAUAUCAAUCUGGGAAUGGGGAAGACACUUGUCAGGAUGCUGGAGAAAAUGAUGCAGAUGCUGACGAUGAGAACAGUGAAAAUGUUUCUGAGGCUGGGGAAGAUGCCUCUGGCAGUGAGACAGCUGGUGAUGAAUGUUCUCGGGAAGAGCAAGGUGAGGAGGAAGAUGCUGAGCAUGAUGAUGUUGAUGGUAAGGCUGAGAGUGAAGGUGAGGCUGAAGGGGUGGCUGAUGGGCACCUUGUUGGAGGAGAUGGAAUGUCCUUGCAAUUGUCAGAACGUUUUCUUUUGUCUGUGAAGCCUGUUGCAAAGCAUGUGCCAGCUGCUUUACUUGAAGAAAGGAAAGACUCUCGUGUUUUCUACGGGAAUGAUAAUUUCUAUGUGCUUUAUAGGCUUCAUCAAAUUCUAUAUGAAAGGAUUUUAUCUGCAAAAACAAGUUCAACAGGUGCAGAAAUGAAGUGGAGAAGUUCAAAGGACAGCAGUUCUCCGGAUCUGUAUGCCAGAUUUAUGAGUGCUCUAUACAGUUUGCUUGAUGGAUCUGCUGAUAAUGCAAAAUUUGAGGAUGAAUGCCGAGCAAUUAUUGGAAACCAGUCAUAUAUAUUAUUCACAUUGGACAAAUUAAUAUAUAAAUUUGUCAAACAGCUUCAAGCCGUUGCAGCUGAUGAGAUGGACAAUAAGCUUCUUCAAUUAUAUGAAUAUGAAAAAUCCCGCAAAACUGAGAAGUUGAUAGAUUCUGUUUAUUAUGAAAAUGCACGUGUCCUCCUUCAUGAGGAGAACAUUUACAGAUUGGAAUUUUUUUCAGCCCCCUCCCGGCUGUCCAUCCAGCUGAUGGACAGUGUGAGUGAAAAGCCCGAGGUGUUUGCCGUUUCUAUGGAACCUAAUUUUGCAUCUUAUCUGCACAAUGAUUUUCUGCCAGUUUUUCCUGGAAAAAAGGAGCCGCAUGGCAUUACUCUUCAGAGAAACAAGCGCAAAUAUGCAGGGCAGGAUGAAUCCUCUGCCUUCUGCAGGGCCAUGGAGGAUGUUCAAUUGGUCAAUGGUUUAGAGUGCAAGAUAGCGUGCAACUCAUCCAAGAUCUCUUAUGUUCUGGACACAGAAGAUUACUUCUUCCGUAUGAGAAGGAAAAGGAGAAAUCCAUCUGGGGCCAGAUCACCAUACUGUGAUCAGUCGAGAGUACAGCGGUUCCACAAAUUCUUAUCAGUCUCAUAAUAGCUUUAGAAGGAAAUUACUUUGCGAUUGGGAAGUUAAAGGUGUCAUCGACUUGAUUUCUGAGAGACUGGAGAAGGUAGACAGUGGGGCGGGACAUGUUACGUGUUCAGUUCUGAAGAUUGGCCUAGGAGCCAUUGUUGUGUAUAUAAGGUUGGUGUAUGAUAAUUUCGUAGAAAGGUAUUUUAAUUAAUGUUCUUGAUCUUGUCAUAGAUAGGAUCUUUUUCUUCCCCCACCUUCAUAAACACACUAUAAGUGUAACAAAUUGGUCAAAUAGCAGAAAAGCACGAGCUUUAACAAAUCCUAAGAUCUUCAAGUCCAUCUUGCAGUUUCAUACCAGCAUUUUGCAGGCAUUACUGCAUCAUUAUUCUUUUGCACCCGAAUAUUAAUUUUUUGUAGAACAGGUUCUAUGAUUUUUCAAUGUAACAUAGUGUGAUAAAUAUUUUACAA